AAAUUCAGCAAUGGAGAGUGCCUGCGAUGCCAGCUGCUGGCUUGUGAACUUUUAUUCUCUUAUUCUUUUUGCUUGAUAACUCAUUAAUGAAACGUCAUGGAUGCUGAGAAGUGAAAUAGUCUGUUUUCUCUGUAUGCUUUUCUUCUGUCUUUUUGUUGUGCGGUGGAAAAAGAAGAGUGAAAGAAGAAGCAAUUAUUUUUGUAUAAGGAAUAUAUUUACUUACCUGAAGUUAACCAAAUUAACCCUGGCAUCCAAAAUGGAUCUCAAGACUGCUCUGGAAGAAUGUUCAAUGGCACUGAAUUUAUUUCUAAACAAUAAGUUCUCUGAAGCCCUGGAAUUACUUCGUCCAUGGUCUAAAGAUAGUAUGUACCAUGCCCUUGGAUACAGCACUAUUUUAGUUAUGCAAGCUGCUAUGACCUUUGAACAACAGGAUAUACAAAUGGGAAUUUCUACAAUGAAAGAAGCUUUGCAAACCUGCCAAAGAUUCAGGAAAAGAAACACAGUGGUAGAGUCCUUGUCCAAUCUAGUUUCUAAACAGUCAGUGGAUCAGUUGAGUGAAGAGGAAAUGCAUGCUGAAAUCUGCUAUGCUGAAUGUUUACUGCAGAAAGCAGCUCUCACCUUUGUACAGGAUGAAAAUAUGAUCAACUUUAUCAAAGGUGGCCUCAAAAUUAGGACAAGUUAUCAAAUAUACAAAGAAUGUCAUCAGGUGCUACAGGUGACUCAGGGGAACAAAAGCAAAAAUGAAACUUAUCACCAAUUUGAAGGAGGAGUAAAACUUGGAAUCGGAGCAUUCAAUUUGAUGCUGUCACUUUUACCAGGAAGGAUCCUCCGACUUUUAGAAUUUAUUGGAUUUUCUGGCAAUAGGGAGUUAGGCCUCCAUCAACUACAGGAAGGUGCAUCUGGCAGCAGUUUGAGGGCCAUUUUGUGUACUUUCACCCUGCUGGUUUAUCAUACUUACGUCUCCUUAAUCCUUGGUACAGGGGACGCCAACCUUGAGGAAGCAGACAGUCUCCUCGAACCCUACCUCCAGAAGUUUCCAAAUGGUUCCAUUAUUCUCUUUUAUGCUGCCAGAAUAGAUAUACUGAAAGGAAAUUUUGAAAAGGCACAGUUAACGUUCCAGGAAUGCAUAGCAGCCCAGCAAGAAUGGAAGCAGAUUCAUCAUCUCUGUUACUGGGAACUGAUGUGGUGCUACACAUUCCAGCAGAACUGGCUUCAAGCGUAUCGGUAUGCAGACCUGCUCAGCAAAGAGAACAGGUGGUCUAAGGCAAUAUAUGUAUUCCAGAAAGCAGCAAUUUUAUGUAUGCUUCCAGAGGAAGAUUUGAAAAGGACUGGUGAGGACAUUGUGUCUUUGUUCAGACAAGUGGAAGGUCUAAAACAGAGAAUUGCGGGAAAAUCUAUCCCAACUGAGAAGUUUGCAGUAAGGAAAGCUCGGCGCUAUGCAUGUUCUCAACCAGUGAAGCUGAUAUUACCUGCCUUGGAAAUGAUGUACGUUUGGAAUGGCUUUGCAAUUGUGGGCAAAAGAGCGGACCUCACUGAAAAUUUAUUGGUAACAAUUGAAAAAGAAGAAACUGCUCUACAAAACGAAACUAACCACAGUGAAUACUAUAUGGAUGACAUGUGCAUGUUGCAGCUACUGAAGGGUCUCUGCCUUAAACACUUGGGAAGACUCAUGCAAGCUGAACUGUGUUUCAAUCAAGUAAUUCAAAGUGAGAAGCAAAUAAAAUAUGAUAGCUAUUUGGUGCCAUUCACCAUGUAUGAAUUGGGUCUUCUGUACAAACAACAGGAUGAGAGAGAAAAAGCAGUAAGAUACAUAGAAACUGCAAAAAACAACUACAAAGAAUACUCCAUGGAGUCCAGGUUGCACUUCAGGAUUCAUGCAGCACUUGACAGCUUGAAAGUGUCGCCUGCUUCAACACCUUGAAUGAGGAGGGAUGCUUUUCAUGCAUACAAUGCAUACAAUAGUCUACACAAUGUUUUUGCAAUCUUUUUUAAAUCUUUGAAAAGAAACAAUAAUGAUUAUUUUCUGUCAUCUCUGAUUUGACGUAUGUCAUUCCUUUUGACUGUUCUUUUUCUGUAUGGCUCAUAUACUAUAUCUACUUGAUACUUUAAAUAAUACCUUAUAUUUUGUUUGAUAAAAAUAAUUUAAUAUUUGACCUGAUGGGGGAUAUUUAAAAAACAGUUGAUGGUGCAAUAAAGUUUAAUUCAAACACUUUAUUUUUUAUAAGAAAACAGAUGCUGGCUAUGCAGUGGAACUUGUGAUAAUUUCAGCCUUUUGUGAAGGUUUGAUUUUCUGCAGUACACUUGAGACCUUUUUGCCUCUGGAACAACAAUGCAAUUGCAGCAGAUAACCUUCACCCAUAUUUGGCAUACCAGAUUCUGAAAUUUGUGUUCCAGAGGAAAAAAAUCAUCAUCUUUGACUUAAUUUCAUUUUGGGAACAAAAUGAAUUUGUCCGAAGUGCAAUAUUUUUAUUGUAUCUUUUAAAGUAAUGUUAAGCAGGGCUACAGGUGUAAAAUCUCUGCAGCUCUAUUUCACUUGAAAUAUGAGAUCACAGGGGACAUGUCUCAGUCACAGAGAAGCAGGGCUACUAGGGACAUUACAAGGUCAUCUAUUCUAUAUUACUGCCCUAAGGCAGAAUCAAGCCUUAUGUUAUUCCUCACAGGUACUUGUUUAAAUUGUUUAAUAACCAAAAAGCAAAUGGACUAAAACAACCAAAAAACAAAACAAAAACUUCCAUUGAGAGGGAUUUUGUAAUUUACACAAGCAGUGUUUCCCAGUGCUUUAUUAUUUCUACUGGGAUUUUUUUCCUGGUGUCUACCCCAAAUAAUUCUUGGCACAACUGAAACCUACUUCCUGUCUUCCCUGUCGUGGAUCUGGGGAAUGGCUUGUUCUUUUCCUUUUUUGAAGCAGUCUUUUGAUUUGAAGACUGUCUCUCAUGUUGGUCAUCUUGGUUCUUGGCUUCCAACCAAAACAAAUAAACUUGCAGAAUUUAAUUAUUAAUUAUUAAUUAUUGUUAAUAAAUAAACGUGCAAGAUUUAAUUAUUUUCCUGAUCUGUAGGAAUAACUGAUAUUAAUGCAAAUUGUGCAUCAAAACUGAAUCCACUUUUAAGCUUAAAAAAUGUGUUAAAAUGUACUAAAUGAGUUAAAAAAAUGUGCAUCUUCUAACCAUAGCUUUCUACCAAAAAGUAUGUAGGAAAAUACAUAUAUUUAUACAUUUCUAUAUAGUUUUGUUUUCCCGUUAAUAUGUGGACAGCAUUAUCAGAUUUAAUUUCCCAAUUCAUUAUUAAUACUUCUGCAGGUUUUGCUAGUGAUUUCUUUAUAACUAAGAAUAUGCAUGAUAUACUGAACACUUGACAAGUUUUCCAGAGGUAGUUGAUGCCCCGUGCCUCUCAGUGUUUAAGAGGCAUUUGGACAGUGCCCUCAAAAGUAUGCUUUAACUUUUGGUUAGCCCUGAAGAGGUCAGGCCGUUGGACUUGAUGGUUUUGUAGGCCCCUUCCAACCAAACCUGUCCUGUCCUGUCCUGUCCUGUCCUGUCCUGUCCUAUCCUAUCCUAUCCUAUCCUAUCCUAUCCUAUCCUAUCCUAUCCUAUCCUAUCCUAUCCUAUCCUAUCCUAUCCCACUAACUAUUCAGUCACAAGUUUUUUGCAAAACCUGCCAAUCUCCAUACUUUAGUAUAUUUGCUUCCCCAUGGUAAAUUCGUGGUCGUUAUGCUCCUGUAUAUGGUUCUCUGUCCUCAACUCCCACCCCAGAGAAAAUGGAACAAAAGAAGUAGGUGAAAAGCCUCUCUUCAGUAAAUGAGUGACAGUAAAGUUCCUAAUUAAUCAGUCAAUCUGAUGUAAAUGCUAUAGAUGACUAAGAACACAGCCUUCUUUUAAGUCUUUUAUGACUUUAUAAAUAAGUGAUUUAGUUGCAUGUAAAUGCAGGUGAAGUAUGAGUUUUAAAUUUUUUUUAAAGACAUCACCGAAGACUAACAUAUGCCACCACCUGACUUCUCUGACUCCGAGCCCUUUUAUACAUACCUGAUUAUAAAUGACAGGCAGCAAAAAUAAAUUUCUGUAUGUUAUAUUUUCAGACAAUGAUUUAUUGGCCUAUUUGGAUAUUUAUGUGUUCAUUUUAGAGUUAUUUGUGAUUCAGUCUGAUUAUUGGAUUACAACAAUCAAACGGGACCACUUCAUUUUCUUCUGAAAGGUGGUGAAAACAAUAGUUGGUGGAACUUCUAUAGUUUGUGUUUCAUACGAUAAUUCACUCCACGAAAGGAUUAGAACAGGGACUACUGACUCAGGAUGGAGCAUGAAAUAGUCUCUGAUAUCUUGUCAUUGUGUAGUGUCUCAUAUUUAUUAUUUUAUGGGUGAUUCAGAAUAGAAAUCAAAAUGAGCAAAAAAUAAAAAAUGAGCUUUCUUAGAAAAUGAUUUUUUGAAAGUCUAGUAAAAAAUGUAGCACUGUACUUUUUUCACUGCUAAUAAUACUGACUACAGAGGUAAAAAAGAAUUUUGUUUUCAUCAGUUCAACCUUCCAAAGUCAAUAUCACACCCUGUGUAUGUUAGUUUUCUUUGUCUCUUUCAGGAUUCGCCUUUUUGCACUCAUGCAGAGAAGAGGCAUAUCCACAAAAAUCUGCAAUAUACUCUGUAGUGCUUUGAUGCCCUGAGGUCCCCAGCCUAAGUUCUAUUUACAGUCUAUGUCCCUUUCUUUGCUGCUAUUCCAAACUUGUUUGUUAGAAUCUUGAGCAAUCAGAUUUUCAUAGCUUUUUUCUGGGUAUUUUUUUUAAAAGCUUAUUAAUGGUAGGAAUAUAAAUGUGUGAGACUGACUUGUAACCCUUCAUAUUAGGUAGGUCUCAAUAGAUCUGUAAGAGAUUCUUUGUCUUCCAAACACUGUGCGUAGCUAUGGUCUGCUCCUACUUAGUGCAUCAUUGAUGCAAUAAUAUUUAGUACAUUGUGUCUGAGUUAGGAUAAGUGAUUUGUGGAUAAGAGUUUCAAUGGAAAGUCUUGUUAUUAUUUUUUUAAUAUCUGCUGCAUACUGUACUGGGCCUUAAAUACAACUAUGAUUUAGUUUUACUGCGCUUCAGAAUCUUCACCUCACUUGCUCAUGUUGUGUGGUAAUUUUGCAUUAUGUGCUGAAACCUUGAAACCGAGCAAGGUUGAGCAUUUACGUAAGACACUGUAAUAUCUGUUGAUAAUAGUAGGAAUUAUAUUCAAGAACAAAGCUAAGGCCUUAGUUUAAGCAAGCGGGUCUGAACUUGCAUAGUAAUGUUAUGGCAAAGGUCAUUCUGGUCUUACUGAUGAUAGGUGGGUAUAUAUUUUUUAAGGUGAGGAAUAAUAAAGCAGCUUGGCUGUAAGACAAAGCUUCUCUUCAGUUAAGAAUUGCCUACUUGGAAAAUACUACAAAAAUAACCUUGUCUGUGCAUAUCAGUCAAAUGCUUAAUCAGAUGGGGAAAGGUUAUUAUGUUAUGAUCCUUAAAUACUAGUUCACCACUUUAACAAAAAUUGAAAGAAAAUACACAUUAAAAGAAAGCUGAUUAAAGGUUGUGUUUCAUAUCUGUUCUAAAAGGUUGUGUUUCAUAUCUGUUCUAAAACAUAUGUAGCAGCUGUUUUGACCAAGAAAAAUUUACAAUAAUUGGAUCCUGCUAUGUUUCCAAAAUACCUUGACAACUAAUGUAUUAAAGAAGCCAUUUCUUGUAAUAAAUCCAGCUUAACUUUGCAAUUAUUUUAUUACUAAUCCUUGUGUUUAAUGUCCUUUGUUUCUGUAUGUUCUUAUAUUGCAUAGUUUAACAAAGAAUGUUUAUAUUUGCACUGGUGGUGCAGUUUAUUUCCUUCUAAACUGUUGAGGUUUGCACAUGUUCAUGUUUGUUACUUCUAAAGACAAGGUUAGAAUAACGGACAAUGAGUGAUGAAGAAGUGUUUUUGGUCUUAAGAGCAUGUAGAGAUGUUCAGUUUGAUGAACAGAUUCUUUCUUCAGAGGAAUAAAUCACUUUUUAUGCUUGUGCUACUGAAUGCAACAUUUGGCACUGUAUUCUUAUUGUACAUAACUUUCAGCUGAGAUAUAUCAACACAAUAUCAACAAAAAAAGCAUAUACUUAAGUUUAAAUAUGCUAUCAUAGGCAUAUAUCUCUAAUACCUAUCUUCCGAUUCAUCGAAGUCUAGUAGAAAAUAGUCUUUUGAAACGUAUGUAGUAAGUGUACAAUAAAAAGCUACUUUAACUAGUCUUGAUUUCUCACCAGAGACCAGAUAAUACCUUUAAGUUACAGGAGUGAGUAAUAAUUAGUUCAUUCUGUUACCAAUUAUGUCAUUAAAUUCAGUGAGAACAAGACAUAAUAUACCCAUAGGAGCUUUUUAAAAUCAGGGAGAUUAAAACAUUAAAAACAGGGAGAAUUAAAAUUAAAAACAGGGAGAAUAUGUUUUUUUUACAUAGGUGCAGAACUUGGUUUUUAUAACAUUCAGAAAAGUAAAUGUUCAAAAUUAUUAUUUUUUUCAUGUGGUAUGUUUAAAUGUUUCCACAGUUGUGUGUCAUUUUAACUGAUGUUUCUAACCAGUUAGGCCAACAUUUUUAUCAUGGUUUGGAUGAUAAGAAUUGUGGUUAUGGUUAUCAUAAGAACAGAGAUAGUGGAUGACUUACCCCAAAGAAGGGCAAAGAAUGGAGAUGCUCCUGCGUAUUUGUUGUUGUCUGAAAGGCACUAGUCUACCCUCAAUUUUUAGACAUACUGUAGUACAGAAUAAAGCCUUCGUGGAUAGAUUAGAAUGCUUGCAACAUACUGAGUAAAGAUAGUUUUCUGAGUAGAAGAGGGAAUAGAAAACACACUGAAGACUUGAGCCCAAAGAUAGGAACUAUAUCAGCAUUCAUGCAAGCAUUUUGCAGAAGCUAUUUUACAUUUUUAUGGUCGCCUGAUCAACUCAAUAGUUGGACUUCCUGUAUUCCAACUAGGAGAAUAUCUGUGGUGCCGGGUCCUUAGCUCAAUUUGGUUGCUUUUGUAUUUUUUUUCUUUUUAGGCUCUGGUCUCAUCAUUUACUUUUUAUUUUAUUUGUAGGACAGCUUCAGAAAGAAUUCAAGCAUUGCAACUCUGAGCUUUGCAGUUUGUAGAAGAGUAGCCUCUGGGAAAAAAUCAGAUCCUAUGGUUAGCAUAGCAAAUUCAGUGUUUAAUGAAUGCAAGAUUAAAUGCUAAGAUUUCUGUAGAAGUAUAAGCAGGUAGUUUCACUGUACAGAGAAGCAUGUGCCAGCUAGUAAUCACAGUUAGGAACACCCUUCCAGAUUUUGUCACUCAUUUCGAGAGAACUUCUUCAAAUGCUUUAGCAGUAGGAGGUGUCCAUUUUUUGUGCCAUGCCUUUGUACCAUAAAUACAGUAGUUGGAGCACUGAAGCUGCGUAGGCCACAUUCAAUACCUACCUCAUCUGAAGCCAUAGGUACUUAGUGCUGAUGACACGCCACUGUGUGGAAAAACUGGUAAGGUUAUCCUUAACAGCAAGGAAAUCCCAGUUGAGAUGUUAAUAUCCUUCUAUACUUGAGCAUACAAGUGCAGAUCUCAAAGCUUAAUUUUCUUAUUGUAAAAUGAGUGUAAGACUAUCUUAAUAUACUUUUUUUUUGGACAAGCUUAAGUGACCUGCUCUUGCUUCAGUAUCUGAAAUCAAGGUGGAGGGAUAUGUAAAAAUAGGUUAACGCUGCAUAUAUAGGUUAUGUGGUUGAGGCUUAGCUUGUUUCAGAGCGUUAGGAGAUGUUCAGAAUUAAAUGAUGUAGAAAAAAGAGCAGUAUGAAUUUAAAUUUUUUUUUUUAAAUACUCUUUUUCUCAAGGGGACGGAUUUUUUAUCCGGGCAAAACACAAAAAUAUGCUAAAUAUGCUAAAAUAUGUCUAAAUAUGCUGAGGUAUGGGCAUAAAAAGACAAAAAUUCCAUCAAAAAAACAAAAACACAAACAAACAAACAAACAAAAACUACCAAACAACAAACCCAACCCAACGGAAAAUGCUCCUACAGUAUUUCACAUGAAUUUUGCUAGAAUACCCAUAUUCUAUUUCAUUUAUUCCAGUCAAUACAAAUACUAUGGAUAAUGCUUGAGUUUAUUCAAUAAUGAAUCUUUGAAUAGUUGCUAGGUUAAAUCAGUUUUUUUGUUAGCUGAAAGAAAAUAAGAGAGGUCUGAAUGUGAAAUCACAGAAUCAUAGACUAUUCCGAGUUUGAGGGAAUCCACAAGGAUCAUUGAGUCAACUGGCUCCGUACAGGGCCAUCCAGAAAUCAGACCAUACGUCUGAGAGCGUUCUCCAAACGCUUCUUGAACUUCAUCAGGCUUGGUGCCAUGACCACUGCCCUGGGAAGCCUGUCCCAGUGCCCGACCACCCUCUCAGUGAAGAACCCUUUCCUAAUCUGUUGUGGGGGGCUUACAGUCUCUAUAGAAGAUGAACAGUCCAACAGGACGCUACCUAACACACAGUAUACUCUGGAGUCUAAUGACAAUUUGUGACAAUUCACUGUCUGAAACUGGUAGUGGAGCCUUCCAAGGAAAAUCUUUGUCCACUAUUGGUAUCCAUGCUCUGUGCUUUCCUGGAAUAAUGCAAAGCCAAGAUGGCUGCUCAUCCUUGCUGGCUAUAGCAGUUGCCCCCAUUCAGGUAGGAAACAGAGUACGUCAUUAAGAGAUGUCCAACACAGAAAAGGCAGGAGAAACUGGGGAGUGGGGAAUAUGAGUGGGAUAGAAGUAGAGAUAUAUUCAGUAGGGAUUUCCAUAGCACCUCAACCAUUAAAUAGGGAAACAUGAGACUGUGGAACCAAACAGUAAGGUGAGGGAAUAAAGCAAAUAUGAUUGUGAUAGAAAGGUGUUAUGUAAGAAAAACUAUGGAGAUGAGUUAUCAGUUGCUGGGUAAGAGUAGGUAAUAUCAUCCAGAGGUAACAACAGAACGAAACAUUUUUUUUUCUGCUUAAGAAGUGGUGAGGAAGACAUCCCAUCAAACCAUAUCAGGCACAAGUAGCUAUGCUACUGAAGGGACUAUGGACAAUGAAUUCUGCUCCUCCAAGGAAUGUAUUCAAAGAAAUAAUGUACAAAUGGCAAACCAAAUUUGACCUUAAGUAUUUACUUCAAAGUCCUUAAAUCCUUCUGGCUCCCGAAAUCUGGACAGUGGCAGAUUUCAUGUAGCUUGAGAAUUACCUGUUGAUGAUUAAGGGAAGAGGGUAUUUGAGUUCCGGUAUGAAGACUUUAUCUCUGUCAUCAGUGCAGCCUGUACCUGUCUGAAAAUCUUGAAGGACUGUGGCUCAGGACAAGUUCUUAGGUUGACAGGUGCCUAAAAACCAUACUAUAUAUUGGAAAAAACAUGGAAAUUUGUAAUGACAACUCUUAAACAUUUGAUAGUUUUAGUUACAUUGAGAAAGUUUGCUUUUAUUUUUAUGAAUUGUUGACUUAAUUGGCAAGGAUAUGUUUGUUAAUAAUUCAUUGUGUUCAUUCUGCAUUAGGACUAGACAGUUAUCCACAUGCAGUCUUGAAGUGGGAUUCAUAUAUCCAUCUGAAAUUUGGGCAUCUUUUGUAGGUUUCCUCGGUGGACUUUCAGAAAGAAAAGUUUAGGGCAGGUGUCUCAAAUGAGGAUCAAUACUGGUUAGACAAUGACUAAAAAAAUUGAAUUCAUUAAUGUGAAAACAGUUGGUGUUAAGUUGUUGCUUCUGUUAUCUUCUGUGUAAAACCAGAGGUUCAUAUGUGGGGGUCACCUGUCCACCCCUCUUUAAGAUGCUGAAGCUUCAGUAACAUUUAACAGUAGUAAGGAUCCUAGUAUAAAUGACUGGCUGGCAGCUACAGAUGCUCUUUAUGGUCUGAGAGAUGGCUCAGCUGACACUAGUUGUGUUACGGAUACAAUCUGUAGCCAGGGCCAAGUGUACACUUUUCCUAGAAAAGACAGCUUUCCCAAGAGCAGUGUUUGUAAAACAGCUUAUGCAGACUUAUGGCAACUGUCUCCACUAUAGUGCAGUUUAUUCCCUCAAAAUAAAUGCACGUAUUAAAAAAAAAAAAAAAAAAAAAAAAAAAAAAAAAAAAGCACUCAUCAUAGUGAAUUAAUAGCAGCAACAAUCUGAGUAGAGGACAGAGCCUAUAAUUCUAGCAGAAAAAGCUAGAAAUGAGCUGAUGUUAGAGUACAACUAUUUUUCAGAACACCGGUGAAGUAAUAUUUUCCAAAUUUUUGAUUGUCAGUUUUAGUUACAGUUCUAUCAAUGUUUCUGUAAGCCCUUGCUGUUGAAUUCCCUGUGAAAUCUAUACUAUUUUGAAGCUUAACUUAAUUUUGAAGCUGUUCUUCUCUGGCUUGUGGUCAUUUUUGUUUGUUUGUUUACUUUGGUGGGUGGAUUUUUUUUGGCCUAGUGGCUAGUAUGACUGCGGUAAUUGUAUUUUU